AUGGACCUCACCAAUCACCACCUAAUGUGCUUGAGAUUGGCCAACCCGAUGCUUAUCAUCGGUAGGUUUGGCCAUCUGCAGGAGUGCUGUGUUCGGGGCGACACACCAGGGUUUGGACCUAAUUCCUUCUUCAGGUUGGUACUCAACUACGUACCUCAUCUUGAUCCGAACGUCCACAUCCGCAAUUGGCAGUCACCCAUCCUUGACUCCGAACAAAUCCUCUACCUCACCGUUCGUUCAUUCGUAACCGGAAGGAUCACUGUGGAGAACAUGUUUCACUAUGCGAGUAUAGCAGCUGGUCUGAUCUUUGCCGGAGGUAAUAGUGAAGCGAGUAAUAGGCUCGUCUUCGUCAUAGAUCGAAGUCAAAACAAAGGUAAAAGAGCAUUCUCCUGCCAAUAA